CAGCCAGGCUUGUGUUCUUCUCUGCAGGGAAGCAUAUUCCCCCUGUUCCCAGGUGGGUCCAGAGAUGUCACCUGGGAGCUGGGGCCUGGUGCUGGAAACUUUAGGCGUCUAUCUGGUGCUCUAUUCUACUGUGGCUGAGCUUGCACCCAAGCUACAAGGUGACUUCCUUCCCACUCUUCUGUCCCCUUUCUAAAGUAGAGGAGUCUCUUCUUAAGGCCGGCGUUGUCCCAGGUGAGUACUGCCUGGCCACUGCUGAUGUUCACUCAAGACUCAAAGGCUCUUCACUCAGCUUGUAGUGAAUGCUUCUAGACCCCGGACUCUCCCUUCAGGGCAGUGGGCUCCCCUCUGGCUCAGGGCAGGUUCAGAAAUAUCAUCUAAGGGCCAAGGCCUGGAAUCAGGAACCCUUGCAGCCCACUCGGCGCUCUACCAAACUGUGGCCGAGCUGGUACCUAAGCCUCAAACAAAGUCCCCUUUACUCUUACCUCUCCUUUUCUCAAGCAGAAGGAAUCUCUUCCCAUAGCCGCUGCAGUUUCAAAUGUGCUGGGUCACACCUGAAGCCAGCACAUCCCUGAGUCUCACCUGAGGCCCCUGGUGAGUACUGCCUGGUUGCUGUGUUUUCAGAGCCUGGGACGUUUUAGUCAGCAGGUGAUGGACAGUGCCAGGACUAGGUCCUUGCCUUCAAUGCAGUGGGUUUCUUUCUGGGCCGGGGUGUAUCUAGGGAUAUCAUCCAGGAGCUACGGCCUGAGUGGGAGCCUCAGAACUCUGCCUGGUGCCCUGUCCUACUGUGGCUACGCUCGUAUUCACAUUGCAAGGCAAAGUCCUCUUUCUUCUUCUCUCUCUGCUCCUAAAGCAGAAGGAAGGAGUCUUUCCCAGAGCUGCCAGCUAUGCUGCCUGUAGUUGGGGGAGGGUUGGCAUAAGCACUGCCUUGGACACCAUAGCUAGUGUUUCACUAGGUCAUGUGGCCCCCAAGCGCUCUGGCUCCAAGCCCGUGACAGGACCAGGACUUGCCCAGAAAUUGCAGCCCUCGUGGUGGAGACUGCCUCUCAAGUUUAUUUAGAACCCCAGAGCACUUUAGCCCAUGGAGGCAAGACUUGCCAGAACCCAAGUUCUGACUGUUGGUUACCUCUCCAGGCCUCAUGGCUGCAGCUGGAGAAUGGGGGAGGAAUGGCAGAGGCGUCUCAAGACUGUCUUUUCUACUCUCUCCAGCGUCUCUUUCAGUGAUAUGAAGUUAAAACCAGGGAGACGGUGUGUAUAUUUUGUCAGAAUAUUUGGUGAGCAGAUGGGUGGAUUAUUUUCAGCUGAAAACAGAUUAUUUUCAGCUCUCUGCCAACCAGACACUUGGAAUCUGAAUCCACAUGAAAACAAUGGCAACAAGAGAAAGGUGUAAACUUUCCAG